CAAGGUUUGUUGUGGACUAGUGACGCACGGACUCUUGGCGACUGUUGUUUUGCUGCCGGUAUAUUAUUUUCGGCGUUUUCUGCCCCAAAAUGACAGAACCAGAGAUCAUGGCGGAAACAACAGAACUACAAACUACAAUUGAUGAGGGUAAAGGAAUAAAUGGGUCUGAAGAGGUGCCACUUGUUUUAGAAAAUGGGAGUUCUGAAGUUAGUGAGCCAGAUGAAGGCACUGUUGAACCUGAGGAAUCACAAACAGAAGACAAUGAAAAUACUAGUCAAGAAGGGGAUGCUGAAGAAGGAGAAACCAAAGGAACAAAGGAGGUGAAAGAUGAUGUGGAGGAGGCAAAAGAGGAGAAGGAGGAAAAGGAGGAAGUGCCUGUGCAAGAAGUAGUGGAAGAGAGUGAGGACCAGGACACUAGCAAAAAUAUUGUAAAUGAGGAAAAAGAUAAAGUACUGGAGGAGAAGGAGGAGGAGGAACAAAAACCAACAGAGAAUAAAGAGAAUGUAGAUGAUAUAGAUGCAAAGGAAACAACAGAAAAAGAGGAAAGUAAUAGAGAACAUAUGGAAACAGAAAAUGCAAAAGAUGUCACAGAUGCUUUGAAUGAGACUCCAAGUGGUGAAGUUGAAGAUACAAAACAGGAGAAUGGAGAAAGUGAGCCUAUGGAAACAUCCGAGGAACAGGUCACCGCAGAGAAAUUGCCAGAGAAAGAAGAAGCACCCAGCAGUGCGGAGAAGCAAACCACUGGCAGGAAGAGAGGGCCAAAGAAGAAAAAGAAACCAGAAGUGAAGACUCCCAGGAGGCCGGCCAAUAUUGUUGGAGAUGGAGAUGUUGAAACACCCGAAGGAUGGACCAGGAUAGUAGUACAACGUACCACUGGGGCAUCAGCUGGAAAAUUUGAUGUCUAUUAUUACAGUCCCCUUGGCAAGAAACUCCGCUCCAAGAAUGAGGUACGCACACACUGUGAGGAACACAACCUCACUUUGGACCUGGACACCAUCCGCUUCUCGCAGAAAGCCCCUGGUGGGAAAGUGCGUACAGCGAGAGUGACCUCAGCCACACCAAAGACCCCCAAGGGAGCAUCUCUGAAGACUCCAAAGGCCCCAAGAACGGAGCCAGCAAAGAAGAGGAAGUUAGGAGCCAAAACAGAGGGUAAGGGCCAGGGGCGUAAGGCAGCCACAGUGGCAGCAGCUAGCAAGGGGAGGGCAGGCACAAGGGUGUCCAAGAGGGGGUCUGGGACUGCAGCAAAGGCUAAGGCCAAUCCUAAGGCUAAGAUUAAUACAAAGGCUAAGGCCAAUACUAAGCCCAAGUCCAUGCCAGCCAAAGAUGCAAACAAGAUGACAGUAAAGUUCUCAUUUAAGAGAAAACGUGGAGCAAAUUCCACCAAGACUCGUGGUCCCCCUGCUAAGAGAAGUAAGAGGUAAACGUAGGUGUCUAACAUUGAGCUGCUGCAAAAUAGUACAUGUCUGAAUACACUACUUACCUUUUCCACCUCAAAGUUUUUAUUUUAUUUUAUUAUUAUUUUUUCUUUCUUUCUUUCAAUUGUCUACAUUAUACUCUUCAUGCAGAUUUCAAGCACAUGUGUCUGCAUGUUGGUUUUGUGAGAUGGUCUGUGAAUAUAUGAUUCAUUUUCAUGGAAGUGCUGUACAAAGAAACUCCUCUUGAAUGUUUUCUAGUAUUUUCUCCUAGAGUUGAAGGAGUUAGGAUUCUACAAUUUGGUAGAUGUUUUCUAUCAUCCACCAAUCAAUCACUGCCUGCGUACAAAAUGUAAUAUAAAAUAAGAAAAGUACCAUUAUAAACCCUAUUUUGAUUAUUAUCUGUAGAGAUUUAUUUGCUUUUUUGAAGAAGACAGACAAUAACAUAUUACGUGCAAGUUUGUAAAGGAAAUAUUAAUUAGAGUAUCCAGUAGCUGCUCCAACCAAUGUGAUCUCCCCAAAAUUAAGAAUUCAGUCAUUCUUAAGUUCAUUAUACUAACUUUGCAAAACAAGAUUUAAAUCACUGUUGCAGCAUGAAAAAGUAAUAUAAAAAAUUGUAGCUAUUUCUUGAACACAUACAAUUUGAAUUAAAGUAUAAAGUGAAGCAGUAUAUUCUCAAAGUUCUAAAUAGUAUUCCUUAUAUUAUUUCCUAUAUUUAUUGUAGACAUUAUGCCCAGAUAGUUUAUAGUUAUAUUAGUUAUUAUUAUUUAGAAGUAAUUGGCUUAUUUUUGUAAGAGAAAAAAAGGGACUUGUUUUAAGAAUAUAAUCAUUAUUGAAAUUACCAAAAUAUGAAUGUUACAAAUCUUGAAAACACACUGCUUCUCCAUGACGAAGUUCAGGAAAUACAAUUGUUAUGAUGUACUCAAUAAGUUUUUGGCACCAGUUCACAACUGUUCACCUCAAAAGAUUUUAGACACUAUUCUUGAUUACAGGCCAGAUAUAGCCUACACAGUUUUGUAACUAAGAGUUAGGAACGAAAAAAGAAAAGAAAAAAAAAACAAAGCAGCUUAUUUUGAAAUUGAAUACAUUCUUUGAAGUAGGUAUAGA